AUGAUCAACGAAUCGGAAACUCGUGUCGUGACAUCUGAUGAAGCGGUUGGCGCUUGUCUCUCCAAAAGACUUCGGAGCAUCCUUCCAGCUGACGUUUCCGAGCGAUCAGAUGUCGUUGAUCUCCCAAGUUGUUCCAUUGUUGCGGGUGAUCCGGGGGCAGAGACAGAGGUCGGAACAUGGGCUGUCAAUGAUUCAACACCCUGUGGAGUCUCAACCGACAUCGCUGCUGGCGCUUGUCUCUCCAAAAGACUUCGGAGCAUCCUUCCAGCUGACGUUUCCGAGCGAUCAGAUGUCGUUGAUCUCCCAAGUUGUUCCAUUGUUGCGGGUGAUCCGGGGGCAGAGACAGAGGUCGGAACAUGGGCUGUCAAUGAUUCAACACCCUGUGGAGUCUCAACCGACAUCGCUGCUGGCGCUUGUCUCUCCAAAAGACUUCGGAGCAUCCUUCCAGCUGACGUUUCCGAGCGAUCAGAUGUCGUUGAUCUCCCAAGUUGUUCCAUUGUUGCGGGUGAUCCGGGGGCAGAGACAGAGGUCGGAACAUGGGCUGUCAAUGGUUCAACACCCUGUGGAGUCUCAACCGACAUCGCUGCUGGCGCUUGUCUCUCCAAAAGACUUCGGAGCAUCCUUCCAGCUGACGUUUCCGAGCGAUCAGAUGUCGUUGAUCUCCCAAGUUGUUCCAUUGUUGCGGGUGAUCCGGGGGCAGAGACAGAGGUCGGAACAUGGGCUGUCAAUGGUUCAACAUCCUGUGGAGUCUCAACCGACAUCGCUGCUGGCGCUUGUCUCUCCAAAAGACUUCGGAGCAUCCUUCCAGCUGACGUUUCCGGGCGAUCAGAUGUCGUUGAUCUCCCAAGUUGUUCCAUUGUUGCGGGUGAUCCGGGGGCAGAGACAGAGGUCGGAACAUGGGCUGUCAAUGGUUCAACACCCUGUGGAGUCUCAACCGACAUCGCUGCUGGCGCUUGUCUCUCCAAAAGACUUCGGAGCAUCCUUCCAGCUGACGUUUCCGAGCGAUCAGACGUCGUUGAUCUCCCAAGUUGUUCCAUUGUUGCGGGUGAUCCGGGGGCAGAGACAGAGGUCGGAACAUGGGCUGUCAAUGGUUCAACAUCCUGUGGAGUCUCAACCGACAUCGCUGCUGGCGCUUGUCUCUCCAAAAGACUUCGGAGCAUCCUUCCAGCUGACGUUUCCGAGCGAUCAGACGUCGUUGAUCUCCCAAGUUGUUCCAUUGUUGCGGGUGAUCCGGGGGCAGAGACAGAGGUCGGAACAUGGGCUGUCAAUGGUUCAACAUCCUGUGGAGUCUCAACCGACAUCGCUGCUGGCGCUUGUCUCUCCAAAAGACUUCGGAGCAUCCUUCCAGCUGACGUUUCCGAGCGAUCAGACGUCGUUGAUCUCCCAAGUUGUUCCAUUGUUGCGGGUGAUCCGGGGGCAGAGACAGAGGUCGGAACAUGGGCUGUCAAUGGUUCAACACCCUGUGGAGUCUCAACCGACAUCGCUGCUGGCGCUUGUCUCUCCAAAAGACUUCGGAGCAUCCUUCCAGCUGACGUUUCCGGGCGAUCAGAUGUCGUUGAUCUCCCAAGUUGUUCCAUUGUUGCGGGUGAUCCGGGGGCAGAGACAGAGGUCGGAACAUGGGCUGUCAAUGGUUCAACACCCUGUGGAGUCUCAACCGACAUCGCUGCUGCUCCAGACGCUGAUGAUGAAGCUGUCUGA